AUGAGACAUCUCAAACCCCUACGCUCGGGUAUUAUUAGUACUAGAGGAUUCAUUAGAUUCAAUUCUACGGUUCUUCAAUCCCUCAGAAAAGGAACCCCAGUUUCUCCAGAAGCCGUUGGCGACUUCUUUUCCUCCAAAGAUCUCACAUCUGAAGAGCUAGCGGAUGUUCACCAGAUCAUUAAAGAUCAAAAGGCUCCAAUCGGCAUAAUCAACCAGCUACUUCAGCAUGCUUUGCCCGGCGACUUUUCGUUAUACUAUACCUUGAGCAAAGCCAACACGUCUCAUGUGUGGGACAAGGACUCGCUACAUUCACUCAUUGAGAGUAACCCAGGCAGAGCCAUUUCUCUGUGGGCAUUACUUGAUAAGCAUGGAGCAGAGGCUGAUCACAAGGUACAAUUGGCAGUGGUAAAUAAGCUCCUUCAAGGAGAAAAGUCUGAAAUUAGAGAAGGCGCUGUGGAAGUUACAGAGGAUAGACUUAAUAGGGCUAUCAAAUUGUUGAAUGGCAUUGAAGAAAACGUUCAAGCAGAGGAACAGUGGGAUGCUCUUGUUUCGAAAUUAGUUGAACUUGGAAAUGCCUCGAAGCUUUCUGAAAUUCUGGCCCCGCUGUUUGUCAAUUGGUUGAAUGGAAAGCUCUCCACCACGACUGAUAGGAAAGAGUUCCUUGGAAUUUCCAAAGUGAUCUUUGAGAAGGAUCCAAACCUUCUUUCAAAGGAUAGUAUAUCUAAGAUUCUUGCUUAUUUGUCAUUUGAAAAGACCGAAGGUUCUGAGUUUCUUACCGCAGUUAUUGAGCAUGUUGAGGAGAAUCAUCUUGACAUAGACAAGAAGGACCCAGAAUCUUUGCUUGUGCGUUUGCAGCUUAUUCCAGUUUACGGAAUAUAUCUUGGGGAUUUUAAUAAAGCGCUUGAAAAGUUCCACAAGUACCUGACACAUGAAAAAUUCGGUAUUGAUCUUGUCCAAGCAAAACUUGUUCAAGUGUUCAGCUACCAGGCUUUCAAGAAGGGAGACAAGACUCUUUUGACAAUUGCCGAAACCUUGGUAGACCCUGAUGAGCUUCAAGUGAAAACCUUGGUCCAAUUGAUUUUGGCAAGAGCUAGGUUCAAUGCUGAGGACUCAUUGAGCCUUUACAAUGACUACAUCAAACUGGUUUCCAAAAAUGUGAAUGAAAAUACUGGAAGAUCACCAUCUGGUGUUCUUACCGAAGCCCUCAUGGUUGCAAAUCUUUAUGACAACGAUAGAGAAUUUGCACACCUUCUCUUUGACAAGGCCAUUGAGAACAAGAUUAUCACAGACGAGGCUGAGAACGCCCAGAUCAAGAAAGUGUUCAGAGUCUACGGAGACAGUUACCAGGAAAAUGACACAUGGGAGCAAGCCAAGCCACGUUUUACCCAAUACGUCCUUAGUUGUCUUGAAAAGGAGUAG